AUGGCAAGCCCCAUACCACACACAUCUACCUCACACCCUGAAGACCCGAUCCCCUCAGAGCCCAGGGACAUCCCCCAAUUGUCCCUGUGGCCAGACCAGUCGCGGUCGGAGCCCGAACAUAUUUCGCCAAAGUCCCCGGGCAACGCCACAGCAUGGACAAACAGCAGCGAUGAUUCAGAGGCUCCCAUGACGCCAAUCACCGAGCCCGACCAGGCCGUCGACGAGGUCAUCGAUAAGCUGCAGGAGCUGCCUGCUGCUUCAGUCAACCUGGCGGAGCAGUCGCGACCUCGGCGGGCAUCCACGACGCUGAUUUCGGACAACCCAAACGACAUCAGACGGAUACUGGGUGAGGGAGAGACAGCCACCAAGCUCAUCAGCCAGUGCUGUGGCGGAGGAUGCUGUCUCCUCAAGACACUGGCUCCUGAUUCCUCAUCGCCCAACUUCGUCCCCGUCGUCAUUCCAGACAACCAUGCUUUCCGCACUCUCAAUCUCAAAUUGGGUCCCCUCGCCCUCGACAGUCAACUCACAGACACAAUGCCGCUCCCGCCCGUCAACAUGGCCUUUGACCCUCUGCCAUCCAAGGACACCAAGUAUGUCUCCGAGGUACACAAGAUGCCACCCAAAUACGUCCAGCCACACCCGCCAUACGAAGUCUACUCAGCCCCGCUAUACCACGCACGCGAGCUGACCAAGCCGGGCGCUGAGAAGCGCACAAUUCACUUCGACAUUGACGUGACCGACUACCCAGAUGAGGGAGGAGUCGACUUCAAGGUUGGCGGUGCUGUCGGCAUUUGCCCGCCUAACUCGCAGGAAAUGGUUGACGAGAUAUUCGACAUUCUUUGUAUCCCCAAGUUUGUUCGCGAGAAGCCAGUCACACUCAAGACCUUUUCAGGAAGAUGGCCAACCAUCUGGGGAGAAGACCAGCCACGCGAACUCGUCACAACUCGCCGCGAGCUCCUGACCUGGUGUACGGAUAUCCAGUCAAACCCCCCGACCAAGAACCUCCUCCGCGUUAUGGCCGAGUACGCUGAGGCGCCAAACGAGAAGAAGAUCUUGACCUAUCUCUGCUCUGCCCAAGGGCAGGCUGCUUUCUGUGAUUUGCGCACCAGUUCUCACUUUACUGUUGCACAGCUUCUCAGUGCAUUCCCUUCGUCAAAGCCGCCGCUACCACACCUUCUCUCUGUUCUUACCCAAUUGAUGCCACGAUUCUACUCGCUCUCAAACGACCCCCACAUUUCGUCGGCUCGUCCUGGCCUUCCAGGAACUCGUCGCCUUAUCGAGAUGGCCGUCACUGUUCACGAAACACCCGAUUGGCACGCUGACGGCGCUGUCCGCACUGGCGUUGGCAGUGGCUUUAUGGAACGCCUGGCCCACGCCUUUAUUACAACCGAAAAUGAAGGUGUCGACCCUCGCAGCAUCCUCGAUCUCCGUGUCCCCAUGUUCCGCGGUCUCAUGGCAAACCCGCUUUCCAAGCAGUUUGGUGGAGAAGGACCUAUGGUUCUUAUUGGUGCUGGUGUUGGGAUGGCUCCCUUCCGAGGCUUCAUUCUGAACAGGCUCAAAAACGCCAACUGCGCCAACAAGAUUUGGCUCAUCCAAGGUGUGCGAGACUCGAUGCUUGACGAGUUGUACUCUGGCGAGCUGGGCGACCAUGAACGCGAAAUCAAGAAAGUUGUUCAGAGCCGAAAGGUCAAAUCCGGGGGCUCCAACGAAGUCAAAUACGUUCAGGACGAGGUCAAGGUGCAAGCUGACAUUGUGUGGUUCGUUAUCAAUGCGCUUGACGGACGCAUCUUCGUCUGUGGCUCUAGCAAGGGCAUGGGCGAAGGCGUUGAAGCCUCGCUGAUCGACGUCGCAAUGCAGAAGGGCCGCUUGAGUGAGGCACAAGCAAAGGAGUUUUGGGCCAAGAAGAAGGAAGACGGCCAGUACAUUGCUGAAACCUGGUAA